GCUUCCGGAUUGCUGUUUCCGUAGGGUGCCUGUCAUCUUUUUGCGGUGCUGGUUGUACAAUGGCAGGUUCUAGUAUAGCAGAGACGUUACUCUACACAGUAAAUCAUCUUCUACGGGAAGAGAAAUACAAGACGCUGCUGGCUGUCAUCAAAGGUUUCAGGAAUGGGGCCGUGUAUGGGGUGAAAAUUCGUGCUCCUCAUGCUUUUGUCAUGACCUUUCUUUUUAAAAAUGGAAGCUUACAAGACAAAGUGCGAGCCAUCGUCCAGGCGACCUACACACACUCCCGUAACCUGGCCUGCUUUGUUUUUAUCUACAAGGGGCUUGUUGCCCUGCAGCGGUGGCUUCAGAAGCGAACACUCCAGUCCCAUUCCUUCCUGGCAGCUUGUGUCGGUGGUUGGAUUGUCUUUGGAGACAACAAUCAUAUUAACAGUCAGAUAAACAUGUACCUGCUGUCCAGGAUCAUAUUUGGUCUGGUGCGUCUGGCUGCAGAGAAAGGCUACAUCCCGCAGACAAAGCAUGAUCCUUUCCCUGUGUUUGCAACCCUCGUCUGGGGUAUUGUGCUGUGGCUCUUUGAAUACCAUCCUCACACGCUCCAGCCUUCUCUUCAGUCCUCCAUGAACUACCUCUACCACGACAGUAACACAUGGCAUGACAUCACCGACUUCUUAAUCUAUAACAAGCGCCCACUACAGAAAUAACAGUGGCAUACUCAUCAGCAUAUCGACCAGGUGACAUGGUUUGGCUUUGUUUCCAGUGUUGCCCUUGGGAGCCUCCUAUCUGAUAAACAUUAGCCAAAUUUAAUAGCACUCACUAUGUAGGAGGGGUACCCUGUAUACUUGAUUAUCUCCUCAACAUGUUACUGUGAUAUAUGAAAUGUCUGAGAUUGUAAUCACAUGGUCAAUGACCGCAGGGAUUGCUUUUAAAAGGAAUUCUACUCCUGUGGACAUGAUGAGACUUUUCUGUGCAUUUUACUGUAAGACCGAGGCAUAUCCUCAUUGCACUUGACUUUCUGGCCAUUUCCAGUGUCCUAAUGAUAAAGACUAGAGAGAGUGGGCUAUUAAGCAGUAAAAACAGCAGUUUUGGGAGGAGAGGUGCUGCUCUGAAAGCAGACAAAAUUUGUACCCCUGGUUUAAGUGACUGAUUGCUAGAAGACCCUCCUUGAAGAUUUUAUUUUGCAGCUGCCUAUGCAAAACUGAUUUUGAAGAAAAGGUUUUAAAUCGUGAAUACCAAUGUGUUGAUGUCGUCUUCAGUACUGCCCUGGGUGGAUGACACAGCAAGAGAACAGUGGCGAUGGAGAAGGCGAUUUUGUCAGUUUCUGUAAUGGCAUGUGCUUUUAAUUAUCAAAACUAGAUCUUUCUUUGUUUACUGUAAAUAAAUCAUUUAUACUUAAUUGCAAAAUUAUGAGAUGUCAGAAUUAUAAAAGUGCACAAAUUAAAUAUUAACACAUUAAUAUGAUUUUUCCAUUAAUAAACACUUUCUGUAAAA